UGAUGAUAUCAAGUUAAAAAUAUUAAAUAUGUAAUAUUAAUACUACGUAUGUCGUAUAGGACAAGAAAUAUUGUUAUCUAAAAUAAAUUUGAUACAAUCUUUUUUUUUUAAAUUAAAAAUAAUUAUCAUUUUGAACAAUUUACAAUGAUUAUAAUAGUAUUUAAUUAACAGUGGACUUAAUAAUAAAUUCAGUCGUGUUUAAUUAAUGUUAGUUUUUUUUUUAUACUUUAUUUAUUAACUUAACAUAAUUCAAAAUGGAAGCUUUAUCAGAAAUUUUACAACCAUAUAAAGAUGUGGUCGGAUUGGUCGCAUCGGUUUUAACAAUUGGACAAUUUUUUUCUGGUGUAUUAAUUUGUAAAGAAAUUUACGAUGCUAAAAGUACACAAGGAAAAUCAGCCAUGCCAUUUAUUGGUGGUACAGUAUUAGGUAUUAUUAUGUUACAAUAUUCAUUAAUAUUGGACGAUAUAAAUAUGUUACGUGUAAAUAUUGCUGGAAUUCUAUUAAAUAUUUUUUAUAUGACAUGUUUUUAUUUAUAUUGUGAAAAUAAAAAAAAAGAUGUUAUCAAACCAUUGUUAAUUGGAUUGGGAAUUGCUACAGCAGUUUAUUUUUAUAUUAAAAUUGAAGAUCCACAGUUAAUUGAGUAUCGAUUAGGUCUAUUUGUUACAAUUGCAUUGAUGGGUUUGAUUGCUAGUCCAUUAUUUAACGUUGCUGAAAUUAUUAAAAAACGAAAUGCUGAAACAAUGCCUAUGCCUAUCAUAUUCUCUGGAACAGUUGUCACAAUAAUGUGGACUCUUUAUGGAAUUAUUCUUAAAAACGAAUUCAUGCUUUUCCAAAAUAUGAUUGGUAUAGUUUUGAGUGCAUUGCAAAUUUUAUUGUAUAUUUUCUUUCGUGGUGGCGUAAAAGAAGAUAAGAAAAAAGAAUAAAUAGAUUAAAUUUUGAACGUAAAUCU